AGAAUGUUCUAGACCACAAUCAAGAAAGCUAGACCAGUGCUGGUCCUGUGCAGAAUAAUGGACACAGAGAAUUUCAGUCAGAAGACACCUUUAAUUUGUAGGCUCUUCAUGCGGUAUAGAAACAGGAGGAAGAAGAUUGUGAGAAUGAUGCUGGUGAUGACAAGGAUGCUACUGGGGGGACUGGUAGAAGGACAAUGUGGAGGAGAAGGCUCUGAUGAUGCUGGUCAUGCUAAUGCAUUAGCCAUGGAGAAGAUGUCAAUGUCGGUGUUCCUGCUCUUGGUAGCCAUCUCUCACGCACUAGCCAAAGAUAUUACACCAAAACCUGGGGCAAAGAAGGAGGAAGCUCAGCCCAAAUUUCCCCAGACCCUCUCUCGAGGAUGGGGCGACAAACUUUUCUGGACUCAGACUUAUGAAGAAGCCUUAUACAAGGCAAAGACCAGCAACAAGCCCUUGAUGAUUAUUCACCACUUGGAAGAGUGCCCACACAGUCAAGCUUUGAAGAAAGUGUUUGCAGAAAAUAAUGAAAUCCAGAAGCUGGCAGACAAAUUUGUUCUUCUCAAUCUAAUUUAUGAAACCACCGACAAGCAUCUCUCCCCCGAUGGCCAGUAUGUCCCUCGAAUCAUGUUUGUGGAUCCAUCCUUGACAGUGAGAGCAGAUAUUACAGGCAGAUACUCCAACCGGCUCUAUGCUUAUGAACCUACUGAUGCUCCAUUGUUGCUUGACAACAUGAAGAAAGCCCUGAAGUUACUAAAGACCGAAUUGUAAAGAAAAGAAAAGACCUGCACUUCUGUUCUCUCUCUGGUCAGCCUCAAAUUGUGGAGUAUUGAAGAGAUCAGGCAGAUUCCUGGUGAGAAACACAGAAACACUGAUCUAUGUACAGAAUUCAGAUUAUGGCUUAAUGUUGCUCCAGCAGUUUUGUACUUGGUGUUAAAUGCAUUCGUUUAAAAAAAAAGAUAGAAAGAAAGAGUAUUCGACAGCAGGAAGCCAUGAUUAUUUUUUUUUAAUAAAUCUUUUUUUUGAGUGUUCAA